UGUCGUCAGUGUUUUUCAGGAGACUGAGAUUAUUGUCCCGUGUUUUUUGUUGUGAAGGGGCGAGUAACUUUUUGCUACUCGAUCUUUUAUUCAAGAUCCAACGAAAUUUUGGUCACACUAUAUUUUAGAAGCGUAAAGUAAAUUUUGAACAACGAUGGCAACGCAAAAACGUAUAACUCGGGAAGAGAGUCUACAUGACUCAUGGAUUGAGCUUCACUUUGAUUCAUGUAGUGAGUCCAGUGAAGACACACCAGCACUGUGUGAUAUCACAGACAUGGAGAAAAUGCUUCUUGAAGCACAGCGCGAGUCCAGCAGCAGUUCACGGACAAGUUCUCACUGUAGCACUCCUCUAUGCAUCCAGGAAACUCCACUCAUCAGUGCAGUCUCCUUGAACACACACACCAAUGCACAGGAAGAAGUUGUAGCAGAGAGCAAACAGGAAACUGAGGCUGUUAUGAGGAUCUGUGACUGGCCCAGCCGGCCGGAGAAUCUACCACACGCAGCAUUCAUCAUUAAACGGCCAAAGCGGAACCGAGUGUGCAGCAGGAAUACGAUAAAAAAUUAUGAAGAAUUUAACAAACACUUGCUGAAACUACUACUACCCUCCCUAAUCUUUACACACAUCAUCAUGCUUGGGUUGGGGAUCUGUAUUGGACGGCGCCUCUCUGCUCAGUGUUCUGUUAUCUGAGGCAUAGCAAAUGAAGUGUUGGGAUGCUGUGCAUCAGGAUCACUCUGGGAUUGUCUCUGUUUGAACUAGAGAACCUGACAAACUAUUGCUGGAAUGCCCAUUGUUCUCCUCCAGGAGAAAUGUAGAACUAUGUAAGAGGACACUAUGAAAAUAUGAUGGGAGUAGAAACUCUCAGCAAUAAUUUUUUGUCUUUGGUUUCCAGCAGGGACUUUUCUGGCAAAGAAAAAAAGCCCGGUUUUGUCUGGGGAUCAGAUUUCUGAGCCAUAGAUCAGAUAAAUCAGGAAGUUUGUCUAAUUGAUUUCAGCCUUUUGCUUUUAGUUCAUUUUAGCCAGUGAGAAAUACUUAUACAAAUAAUAUAAUUAUUUGAUCCUGAUGUUUUGUUAACAUAUAAACACACAAACAUUGCAUCAUUAUUUUGGUAACCAUGUCGCAUUGUAGUACUCCAUCUGAUCUGCUUUUACGAUAUUUUCAUCAUUUAAAUUGUUUUGUGAUAAGGCAUUUUUCUUAACAUGUAAUGAAAAAUGGAAAUCAGAGCAGUCUAAAUAAUUAAAUCAGCAUAUUCUUAAUACGAUAUGUCAUGGAAAAUGAAUAAACCAUGCUGCUAAAAUCCAUUUACACACACACAAAAUCUUUUAAACCAUUUUUGCAUCCAUCCAUCUUGUUUUUUGUGAACAUUGCUGAUAGCACUUCUGGGAGUAAGUGUUAUUACUUUUGAGAACUGAGUUGAGCAACUGACCUGGAAACUUGUACUAGAUCAUUAGCUUCAUGUAAGGGCUUUCUCUCAGCAACUACCAGAGGUCUGAGUUUAGGAAUAGUUCACCCAAAAUAAAAAUUCUCCAUACAGAAAUUGUAAAUGGGCAUGGGUGCUGUUGAGGUCCAAAAGUGAAAGAAAAAAUAUCAUAACAUUGAAGUAUAAUAAAGAUAUUAUGGGCUCGUUGCAGCUCCCAAUCUCCUGCCUCCCAGACUGUUUUGAGGUUUUCUGCUUCAUAUUUUAGCUGAUUUUGUAAUAUAGUUUUGUUACAUUUUUUCUAAAAUCUACAAAACUAACA